CUCUUCCUCAACCCUCUCUGAUCUUUUCGAUCGUGGCCAUAUUUCAGCCUUCAUUUCUACUCCAUGGCAGCCACUAGCUUCUUCAAUUUCCGGUCCACCAACCAUGAGCCCAAGGUCCGGACCUCCUCCACCCACCACGGCUCACCAUCGUGCGGCAAGCUCGACGGCGUCGCCAUGUGGCUCAUCAACGGCGUCGCCGCUGCAUUUUUCGCCUCACUUGAACGCUGCUCUUGCAUCCGCAUCGCCACUGAGGAAGACGGUGACGAAGCAAACGACGUACCGCUGAUCUACAACGACGGGAAUUACACGAGGCAGGAUGCCGCCGGCGCCACUCUCAACAGGCGACGUACAGGGAAACCGAAUAAUAAGACCGGAGGCGAAGCUUUCGAGGAAGUUUAAUUUUCCCCUUUAAAAAAAAAAAAAAAUUUUCUGGUAAGUUAUAUUGUGAUGGGGUUGUGAAAAAAGUUUGGUGGGGUUGUUUGGGGAGGAUUGGAAAUGCCAAACAAGAAGAGUUGAUAUUUGCAGGAGUUUAAUUUUGUUUGAACCUAUUUUUAUGAAUAUAUAAAUAUAAAUAUAUGGAAUGGAA